CACGAAUGAUGUGACACAGAACUUCUCACAAACACUUUCGCUGUCGGAACCAUUGCUUAUGAAACUCCUUAACAGAGGCAAUAGUAGCGGCACCUUUCCAGAGUUUUUUAAAUCAGAUAUCGACGCUAAGUUGAGUUCUGUAGGUGUAAAGGAUGAUUACUCAGUAUUACUUUACAAUUGCACUAUUAAUAACUAGCUCGUUUCACGCUUUAUUUUCAAAAGAAGAAUAAGAAAAACCAUACAUUUUCAUUACGUAGAAUGCUCCUGCCACAUAUACAUUGAUCUUAAUGAACAAGUACUUCGCUAUUUCCAUCAUGCAGAAUUUUAGGUUUGAGUUUUGAAGACCUAGACAUACACAAGCGGCAGUUUUGGUUUCUUCCCUAUAAUCAUUUGCGUAUCAUUACUCGAUAAAUGGCUAAUCGCACAGUCAAAGAUGCACAUACAGUUCAUGGGACAAAUCCUCAGUAUCUUCUGGAGAAAAUUGUUCGAAGUCGAAUUUAUGAGUCGAAAUUCUGGAAAGAGCAUUGCUUUGCUCUUACAGCUGAAUUACUUGUCGAUAAAGCUGUGGAACUUCGUUAUGUUGGUGGUGUGUAUAGUGGGAGUGUUAAACCAACUCCUUUUUUAUGUCUUACAUUAAAAAUGCUUCAGAUUCAACCGGACAAAGAUAUUGUCAUCGAAUUUAUCAAACAGGAACCAUACAAAUACGCUCGUGCUUUAGGAGCAUUUUAUCUUAGACUGGUUGGUGAUUCUGUUGAAAUAUACAAAUAUCUUGAAACGUUGUAUAACGAUUUUCGGCGUCUUAAGUUCCAAGAUAAAAUGGGAAAUUUCAGUUUGAUUUACAUGGAUGAUUUUAUUGAUCAACUUCUUACUGAGGAACGUGUCUGUGAUGUUAUUUUACCUCGUUUACAAAAACGUGAAGUUCUUGAGGAGCUAAAUGGUUUAGAACCACGACAAUCACUUCUAAAUGAAGAUUUAGAAGAUUUACAAUAUGUUGAGGAGCUGGACACGUUGAAUCAUAUUGAAGAGAGUUAUAAGUCUAAGGACAAAGAAAAACAUAGGAGACGAGAUUAUGGAAAAGACCACCAUCAUCGACGUAGACAUCGUGAAGAAUCUCCUCAUGCUGAACGUAGAGAAAGAGAUAGAGACCAUAUAUCAUCAAGACAUAAAGAUCGUGAAGACAAUGAACGCAAACAUGAUCGUGAUAAAGCUCAUAGACGUAGUCAUUCUGGAGAUCGUCGAAAUGCUCGAUCCAAACGUGAUGAUAGUCGUUCGCCAGAUCAUAAACGUACUCGAGAUAAAGAUCGUGAUCGACGACAUUAAAUGUUAAGUAGACUCUGAUUUAUUGUAUAUACUAUGUUAAUAAAUACUUUUUUGUAUAAUUAUGAGUUAGUUCAGUGUGGC